CAGCCCCGUCCUGUCACCCCUCCGCGGGCCGACCUGCGAGGGAGGGAGCUGCCGAGCUCCGUACCGCGCCGGGAGCACGGCCCUGCGCUGCAACCCGCAGCCGCCCGCGGACACCGCCGCGGGCUCUAAAUGCACCGGGGCCGCGCCGCGCCCUGCCCGGCUCGACUGGGCCCUGCCCGCCGCCCUCAGCCCGGCCACCAGCGGCUGCGCGCGCCUCUCCCCUUCCUCCUCCCCCUCUUCCUCCACCUCCUGGCGGCCGCUGCCCCCGGCAGGGAUGGAGGCCAUCGAGGAGCUGGCGGUCAAACCCUGCACCUCUUCCCUCUACCUGCGGCCUUUCCGCCUCUGUUACCGGCAGGUGGACACCCACAUUUCUCCCAAGUGGACGCUACAAAGGGACAACAGACGAUGAAUGGCACUAAGAAGUUUUGGGAUUUUAUGAGGACUCAUGACAGUGUGUCAAUCCUGAUCUUUAAUACUUCUCGGCAGUGCUUUGUUGUGGUGAAGCAGUUCCGCCCAGCUGUUUACAUGUGUGAAGUAGAAAGGCAUCAUCCUCAAGUCUUUCAGCAUCAGGACAAGGAGAGCUUCUCUCGUCUAGAGGAUCCCUUACCUGCUGUGGAAGGAGUGACCUAUGAACUCUGUGCUGGCAUUGUAGACAAGCCAGACCUUUCCUUAGAAGAAAUUGCAUGUGGGGAAGUCUUAGAAGAGUGUGGCUAUCGUGUUCCCGUUACAGACCUAAGGAGGAUCACUUCUUACAGGUCUGGAGUUGGUGUGACAGGUUCUAGGCAGACGUUAUUCUAUGCAGAAGUAACAGACCAGAUGAGAACUGGUGAAGGAGGUGGCCAGCCAGAAGAAGGAGAGCUGAUUGAAGUUGUAGAAGUACCUUUAGAAGAUGCCAUGAAGUUUGCUUAUGAUGAGACUCUCCCAAAGACGAUGGGUGUCAUCUUCAGCUUCAUGUGGUUCCAGAACAACAUAGCACCCAAGCUACCAAAAAAAUAAAAUCAAAACAUCAUGAUUUUAAGAAAAGCUUUCCUGCUGGUUCGGUGGAUACAGAAAACUGCAAAUCUGCCAGCCUCAAUCAACUCAACUUUUCACAGAGCAAAUCUUUCCUGAAAUAAAUUUGGAAGUAAAAUCUAAAUUAAAAUUCUGACCCAAUUUCCAUCAUCAGCAAAACACUUACUGCCUUCACUGGGGCCAGGAUUUGCCUCUGAGAGGCAAAUGUUGAUUUUUGUGCAAAGGCAGAGUAAACAUGUCCAGUUCUCCUUUCUCAUGGCGCUGCUCUAACACUAUUUUGAAGAGUUGCUCAGGACCUCAGUGCAGCUGCUCUACCAGCCGGUCUUGGGGGUCUGUACGUCCUGGCAGCUGUGUAUUCUCCGUAGUUUCUGAUUUUUUUAGGGGAGAGGCAGCAAACCUGAAUAGUCACAGAUACCCUAACUACAUUCCUGAGCUGCACAGCUUUCGGGGAGCAGCUUUCCCUGUGGUGUGUAGCUCCUGUACUGAGAAAACGGUUGCAUUUCUGAACAUGCAAACCUUUAUUUCAUAAGCAAACAUGUCUGUAAAUCCUUCUGCUAAUGUGUCAUUUUGACAAUAGACCAGCUGUAAGAUUAUGUGCUUCUGUUUGUUCCCACUAUAAUGCUGAGCAGCAGCGAUGGUGAUAGAGGGAUGAAUGAUGGGGGCUUCUACGGCAACACAUGCUUCUUUGUUUGUUUUAUGGGUAAUACUUGAUUAAUUAGAUCAAACUUUGUCCUCUGGAGUGGGACUCGAGAGGCCAAAUGUUUUUAAUUUAACUCAUACCAGUUAUUUCUCUGAGGUGUUCUGUGGUCUCAGUUUCCUUAUCGCCCAAAUGGGAAGAAUGGGACUUACCCCUCAGAUAACGCUCCUUGAAACAGAAUGAUCGGAAGUGCUUUACUGAGAGAUUUUAUCAUCAUUUGAGCAAUUUACAUUGAAGCCCGUGCAACCUGCACAGACGUUCUGAGCAACACAAUUUGAUUUAAUAAAGUGGUCUAAUUAGAACGUACAUUAUUUGUUCUAUCAGUGUAGUUUAGAUGUGGACUGUUUGUCAUGUGAAGCUGUUAAGAGCAUGAAUGAAAGAGAAUCAAGUCUGGCAAUUUAAUUAUGCACUGGUUUAUGUUAUUCACUGAGUUAAUGUUAAUUAACAUGACUCCAUUAUAUGUGCUUCUAGGAUUACUGAGGUACUAAAUCUGUUUAGAAGAUGAGUACUGCGAAUACACAUACUUUCAUAUAGCAACUGGAAUAAAUGCCAUACAGAUGCCUGAUGGUAUCCAGUGGCUGAUUUAAAAUCACUGCGUAUCUAAAUAGGUAUAUAAAUAAAUAACUUUUGUGAAAGUUCAGAUGCAUUUGCAUUGAGCUGUGCCUGGUCUGUGGUGAGUCAAGGGCUGAGUUAUCGUGAAAAGUAAAUAAAUUCUGUCUGAUGUAUUUACAUUAGAAGGUGAUUUAGAGUGGGGUCUUCGCUGCUCUGUGUCUACGGUGUUGAGUACAAUGUGUCCUGAUUGCUGCUGAGGCCUUUACGAACUACUACAAUAUGUAUAAUAAAGAAUGUCUUUUAUUCCAGG